GUCUCCAUUCCGGGCUUCUCCAGUUUGCUUCCAUGUAACCGAUUGUGACGUCCACAGUAAUUUUCUUCCAUCCUGCAGAGCACUUCUAUCAAAGGCUUGCAAAGCGAACAGUCUGAACAAAUGCCGAUGCCAUAUUUAGUAACAAGAUAUAACUAAGUCAUCAUCGAGUACUCUUCAUUGAUUUUUCUGAAAGUAUUGACUGCUGUCAUCGUUCAAUAAUCGAGAAACAUCAGUUAAGGAAUUAAAUUAGAAUUAAUGCGAAAAUGAAAUCCGAUCCAAGCAAACUUCUACAAUUAUGUGGAAGUUUGUUUGAUGAAAGCACUGCUUAUCUACAGAAAAAGGUUACUCAAUAUUUAAUAGAAGAAACAGGAGCACAAACGGCAUUUCUUUUAUUUGUCUCUGAUGAUCAAGAUGAACUUAGUUGUAAGGUAAAUAUAAAUAACCUAAUCCAGGUCCUCUUCCCCAUUCAGAGCAAUAGCUUCAGUACAGCUAUCAUCGAAAAAAGACCAUUAACUUUGGAAGAUAUUAAAAAUGAACAAUCCGAAAUCAUCAGUUCUAUGAUGGAAGAUUCAUUGCUCACUCUUCUUUGUGUUCCAGUGAUACAUCCUCACAACGAAGAGAAAGUUAGCAUGUUAGCUUGUCUUGUUAACAAAGAGAAUUUUGAUGAAGAAGAUACAGAUAUUGUUAUCGAGUGUUUUACUUAUAUUGCACCAAUUUUAAUAAAGUCUUUAGCCUUUGAAGAAGAAAAACGAUUGAGAAAACAAUGCCAGUCUCUCCUUACUGUGGCAAAAAAUUUAUUUACACAUCUUGAUGAUGUAACAUUAUUACUAAGGGAGAUUAUGACAGAAGCAAGAAAUUUAACUAAAGCCGAAAGAUGUUCACUAUUUCUGCUGGAUAAAGAACAAAAUGAAUUAGUUGCAAAAGUUUUUGACGGUAGCGCAACUGAAGAUGGAAUAGACCAUUCAUUUGAAGUUCGAAUUCCAUGCAAUGAGGGAAUAGCCGGUUACGUUGCUACUUCUGGAGAAGUAUUAAAUAUCCACGAUGCCUAUGCUCAUCCAUUAUUCUAUCGAAAAAUGGACGAAACUACAGGUUUUAAAACGAGAAAUAUCCUUUGUUUUCCUAUUAAAGAUGAUAGCGGUGUAAUAGGAGUUGCCGAGUUAUGCAACAAGAUUAAUGCCAGAUAUUUUUCAUCUUUUGAUGAAGAAAUAGCUAAAGCUUUCUCCAUAUAUUGUGGAAUUAGUAUAAUGCACUCUCUCAUGUGGAAAAAAGUUCGAGAUUCUCAACAUAGAAGCCAUCUUUCUAAUGAAUUAAUGAUGUAUCAUAUGCAGGUUCCUAUAGACGAAGUGAUGAAAUUUGCUCACAGUACAAUACUUUCUCCUUCUUAUUUCGGUGAUGAUUUUAAUAAGUUUCAUUUCUUACCAAGAUCCAUUACCGAAAAUGAGACACAUCUUGCUGUAAUGACUAUGUUCGAUGACGUAGGUUUCAUUUCUCGAUGGAGAAUCCCAAUGGAACACCUCUCUAAAUUUAUCUUAAUGGUAAGGAAAGGUUACAGAGAUCCUCCAUAUCAUAAUUGGAUGCAUGCAUUUUCUGUUGCACAUUUUUGCUAUUUAUUAUUCAAGAAUUUUAAAAUAAUGGAAGAGUAUCUUACAGAUCUGGAGUGCUUUUCUCUCUUUGUCGCUUGUCUCUGCCAUGAUUUAGAUCAUCGAGGAACUAACAAUUCCUUCCAAGUAACAUCAAAAUCAGAUUUGGCAGCUUUAUAUAGUUCCGAAGGUUCUGUCAUGGAGAGGCAUCAUUUCGCUCAAGCUAUGGCUAUUCUUAAUACCGAGGGAUGCAACAUAUUCGAAAGUUUUAGUAGAAUGGAGUACAUUCAAUGUUUGGAUUGUAUACGUGAUAUUAUAUUAGCAACGGAUCUUGCUCAUCACAUAAGAAUCAUAGAAGACAUUAAGAAUGUUCAACAAGAAGGAUUUGAUAAAGAAAAUCAUCAUCAUCAUCAAUUAUUACUCUGCUUGUUGGUAACAUGUUCCGAUUUGUCCGAUCAAACUAAAGAUUGGAAAAGUUCAAAAAAAAUUGCAGAAUUAGUAUACAGCGAAUUCUUUUCGCAAGGUGACCUGGAAAAAGCCAUGGGUGUGCAUCCUAGUGAAAUGAUGGACAGAGAAAAAGCUUGUAUUCCAGAAUUGCAAAUCAGUUUUAUAACAACGAUCGUUCUUCCUUUAUACGAAUUACUGACAGCAUUUUUUCCUGAAGCCGAAGAGAUAUCGAAUGCUGUAAAUACAAACAAAAUCUAUUGGGAAAGAAUGAGAGAUAUUUACAAGAGGAGAUACAGCAACAGUUCGUCUUCGUUAGACAUGUUCGAAGACGAAACAUUAGAACAAGAAGUGCUCAACGGAUUUCAAGAAGCCAUAGAGAGCAACGUAGAAGAACUAGACGAAGCUCUGUAAAACAAAAUUAUCAAGACGAUAUUUUUUUCCCCACGAAAAUACGACGCAUUUCAGGUAUCUUGGCCAAUAUAUGCCAGAAAUUCGUACCGAAAAAGUAUAUUAAAAUGCGAAGACUUCAUUUAAACACGCAAAAUUCGCGGAAGUGACCGAUAAAGCAAUAAUACAGGAACUGUCUUUAAUUAAAGCAUGUACAAUCGAUUUAUUCAUAACGGAGCUACAAUAUACGAUAAUGGUAUUUGUCGUAUAUCAUUCCCUGUAAACGAAAACCAUUAGUUUUUACGAGGUUGCUCAAUUGUUUGCUGCCUGAUCAAAUUGUUCUACGAAAAUAACGAAGUGUAUAUAGAGAAUGUAUAAUCUUCCACGUAUACAUUUUACAGGAUGGAUCUUAUUUGGUGUUUAAAAAUAGUUAAAAAUUUGCUACGUUUAUGUAAUAUAUUUUUCCCAUUGAAGAAUUUUCAAAUGUGACAAUUAACGAACUCCUUGUGAAUCAAACUUGUUGUAACAUAUCUCAUAUUUGUACAGUAAUUCAAAUGUGACGUAUGAUUUUCAUAUUUAUCGAGAAAAAAAUCCUGAUGUUUUUUGUGAAUCUUCUAAAAUACAGAAAAAAAUUAAACAUUUUUAGUAGGAUAUAAAUCUUUUUAAAUGUGAAUUUUUCUAACUGUGAUAAGAAAAAAUAUAUAUAUAUAAAAUCAAGAAAAUUCACAGUCAAAAUCGAAUCGUAUCAUUCAAUUAUGGAAAAAAAAUCGUGUAAAAAAUAUAAAUAUAAAUAAUUCUUUCAUCUAAAUAUAUUAAAUCGAUGCUUUUUUAUGUGAGAAAAUUCAUUGUUUGCCUGAAAUAUUCACAACAUGAAGCACGAAUAAGCAAAAAAAAAAAAAAAUUCAUUUAAAGCGGUUGUAAAUCAUGAACAAAAAAUAUAUACGCGGCAAUUAUACUUAAUGGAAUAAAUUAAAUUCCUAAAAGUUUUAUCAUCAUUUAGAAUAAAUGUUUAAACGUUUUAAUUAUUAUAUUUUUAUUUAUAUAAUUUACACUCUAAAUUGGACAAAAGUUGAACAUUUUCCUAUAAUAUUAAAGAAUUAAAGCAAAAUGACAAUCUGUUGAACUUUAUAAGUAAAAUGUUUAUUGUCGAAUGCGUGUGAAGUUAUGAUCAAUGAUUUUACUCGAAUCUCAUCUUUUUAUUAUUAUUAUUUUUCCUCAUAUUUAGUUAAAGUUUGGCUGUUGAACGUUAGAAUGAAGUUCCAAACGAGCUCUGAGUAGGAAGUAAUUUAUAUAUAUAAAUGUCCUCAUGUUUUGUGACUAUAUAAAAUAACAGCUUAGAUUUGCAUAUGUAUAGCUAU